UUGACAUGUUAAGUCAUAUGAACAUAUUCACAUGCCCAAAAAUAUUCAACUCACACACUCAACUCAACUCUCUGCUUAUAAAACACCACUCUACCUUCAACUUUACAACUCAAAACCUCUCUCCACCAAACCUUCUUGUGAUUUUACUUUACCUAUUCCUCUCUCUCUCUCUCUCUCUCAAAUGGAGUUUCUCUCUUUACUCUAUUUAGUUUCAGCAUUGUACAUUUGUUAUCUAAUCUGGAAACUAAUAGAUCAAAAGAGGGACCAAGAGUGUUACAUAUUAGAUUACCAAUGUUACAAGCCAACAGAAGAUAGAAUGCUAGGGACAGAGUUUUGUGGCAAAUUAAUCAAAAGAACAGAGAAUUUGGGACUAAAUGAGUACAAAUUUCUCCUCAAAGCCAUAGUAAGUUCCGGAAUAGGCGAACAAACUUAUGCACCAAGAAACAUCUUCGAAGGCCGCGAAGGAUCACCAACAUUAAACGAUGGGAUCUCGGAAAUGGAAGAGUUUUUCAAUGACAGCAUUGCAAAACUCCUCGCAAAGUCAUCGAUUUCCCCUUCCGAAAUUGAUGUUCUUGUCGUCAACAUCUCAAUGCUCGCGAUUCUUCCUUCUCUAUCGUCGCGCAUCAUUAACCGUUACAAAUUGAGACACGACGUAAAAGUGUACAAUCUAACCGGAAUGGGCUGUAGUGCUAGCCUUAUUUCAUUAGACAUUGUUCAAAACAUUUUCAAAUCACAAAAGAACAAAUUAGCACUUUUGGUCACAUCAGAGUCUCUUAGUCCAAAUUGGUAUACAGGCAAUGAUAGAUCAAUGAUCUUAGCAAACUGUCUCUUCCGCUCGGGCGGUUGCGCGGUUCUUUUAACAAACAAAAGAUCUUUAAAGAACAAAAGUAUACUAAAACUAAAGUGUUUAGUCCGAACACACCACGGCGCGCGUGAAGACUCAUAUAAUUGUUGCCUCCAAAGGGAAGAUGAACAAGGUAGACUUGGUUUUCAUUUAGGUAAAACUCUCCCAAAAGCAGCUACAAGAGCUUUUGUUGACAAUUUAGGGGUAAUUUCACCCAAAAUUUUGCCAACAAGAGAAUUACUAAGAUUUCUUGUAGUAUCACUUUUCAAGAAACUCAAGAUAUUUAGUUCAACUUCUUCUUCUAAGUCUAGUGGUGGAACAAUAACUACAAAAUCACCAUUGAAUUUCAAAAGUGGUGUAGAUCAUUUUUGUCUCCAUACAGGAGGAAAAGCAGUGAUAGAUGGAGUUGGAAUGAGUUUAGAUCUAUCCGAAUACGAUCUCGAGCCAGCAAGAAUGACACUUCAUCGUUUUGGUAACACUUCUGCAAGUAGUUUAUGGUAUGUGUUAGGAUAUAUGGAAGCAAAAAAGAGGCUAAAAAAAGGUGAUAGAGUUCUUAUGAUAAGUUUUGGUGCUGGUUUUAAAUGUAAUAGUUGUUUAUGGGAAGUGAUGAAAGAUGUUAAUGGAAAUGGAAAUGGAAAUGUUUGGGAAGAUUGUGUUGAUCAUUAUCCACCAGAGACUUUGGCCAAUGCUUUCAUGGAAAAAUAUAGUUGGCUCAAUGAAGUUGAAGAUCCUGACAAUUAUGAACUUCCUGAUUUUCUUAAGUGAUUAAAGGUAUGAGAAAUUAAUUUCAUUCAUCAUUGUGGAAUGAAAUAGCAAAAUCAAGAGAAAAAAAAAUUUACUUGAUUUCUUGAUAUGGAUCAAGGUUAUUGAGCAUUAAUUUUUUUUUAUAACUUAUAGUAUUCAUUUGUUGUUAUGAUUAUUGAA